AUGGCAAGUAAUAAAUAUAUUCUAAAUAGUGAUGAUGAACUUUGUAAAUAUCAUGCAGCCUUGUAUACAACUAGUCAUGGAAUUUGGCAAACUGAAGAAAAAUGUCGCAGUGAGUAUAUCAACUCUAUAAAUAAUACACAAUAUUUAUUUUGAAUGAAAAGAUAAAUAUUAUUUCAAAAUUACUAGUUAGGUAUCUAACUAGGCACCUAAUCUAUAAUAAUAAAAGUUUACUGUACCUAGAUCUUACCAGAAAUAUUAUAUUAUGUUGUAGUCAAAAAGAAAAGCAUUGAAGAUAUUGAAUAUGCUAUUAAACAAGCCGAAUUAAAAAAUGAGUUCAUUGAAAAACAAUUACAAUUUACAAAUACAAAAAUAGAAGGAAUUAUGGACAACAUAGUGUGGUAUUAUUAUAUAAUAUAGAUUAUAAUACUAUUAAUACCUAAUAUAUAUAUAAAUGAAUCAAUAUUUGGUGAUAAUGGAUUCAGUAUGGAACUUAUGGAUGGACCAAUUUAGAUAUUUUUUUUUGUUGUGUAAAAAUAAUUGUUAAAACAAAGUUCUUAUGAAAGACAAUUUUUAAAAAAGUCGUAAAUUUCGAUAUUUUUGUAUGAAAAUCUCAAUACUUUUUUUUAAAAUUUCAUUUGUAUCACGAAGGUAACCCGUGUAUCAAUUUAAAUAAUUUAAUAAUUAAUGUUUAGUUCUGCUAUCAUAUGUUUCCAUAACAAGAGCAAAUUAAUGAUAAAUAAAAAAAAGGUUUGUAUACUAGAACAUUUUUAGAUCUACCAGAAUAGUUUAAAACUUGGAUGGUAUUCAAGUUAUGGUGUCAUCAACUAAAUAUUGACUCAUUUUUAAAUAGUAAAUAAAUUAUCAAUUGAGUUAUUCAUUUUAUAGUAAUAUAAAUUGUUACCAAAUAUGUAUAUAAAUGUAUAAAAGGAACAUUGUGUCAUCUGUGAAUGACAACUAAUAUGGUACACACACUCUUCCACUGUUAAGCGUCCUCACUCCCUGAUAGGUUAGAUUAAGCUUCAAUUCCUUUGAAAUUCACCCUCCUCCUCAAAAAUCCAGUGUUUAAAUAUUCUUAGUAAGAAAAUUAUUAAAAAAUGUCACAAUAAAACAUUUUUAGUCUGCUGAAGGUGGAAACAAUCAUUGUUGUCAUUAAAACGAAUAUUGUUGUAACUAUUUUACCAUAAUAUUACAUAUUUGAUAUAUUGUAUUGUUAACAAAGCAACACUAUCAACUGAAUUCCGUUUAGACAUUUUUUUCGUUAGCUAUGGUUUAUUGUUGCUUACAGAUAUACAUUAAAUAUUCUUCUGUAUCCUACUUUCCCAACUUCUCACCUAAAACAUUGGCUGCAUCCAUGUAUGAAGUAUGUCCGUUUUUUUAAAUUUAGUUGUUAUAAAAUAAAAAGUUUUAUAUUUGUACAAUUAUUUUAUAUUAAACCAUUAAACUAUUGUUUGGCAUAUUUAUUAUGUAUUUGGUAGUUAUUAUUUUUUUUAUUUUUAUUUGUAAUGUACCUAUUAUGAUUAUUAUUUACUAUUUUGAUUUUUAGUAUGGAUAAAAUGAUUAUCUUUCUGUAUGAUACAAUAGCUCACCUAGAUGUACAAUAUGAUAAAAGAGUAUUUUCAAUUAAUAAAUCAAAAAAAGAUUAUGAAUUGCAGCUUUUUUUAAAAACAGAAUUAUGGCGAAAAGAAGAGGUUUGGAAAUAUUAGUAUUAGAUAAAUAUCCUUAUUAUUUUGUAAUUUUGUAACAUCUUAUUUUAUUUUUUUAAUUUUCUUUGAAUUACAAAAGUAUUAAAUUUAAGAGUGUGAUUUUGAGUAUUAAUGGUAAUUAAAAUUUAAAUUAAAUUGAGCUUUACAAAUUAAUAAUUAUUCAAAACUGAUUCAAUAAUGCAUUUAUGUUAUAUUAAUUAAUUAAUUAAUUAAUUAAUGAGAAUGAAGAAUGAAAUCAAAGAAUGUUUUCUUUAAAUAUUUAGGUUGUGUGUGUGUGUGUGUGUGUGUGUGUGUAUAAUAAAUUAAGUAUUGGAGGAAUAUAAAAUAAAUAUUUAUUAUUUAAUACAUUUGUAGGACCGAUUAAAUAAUAUACCAGAAAUUAAAUCAUUAAAUAUGGCCAACUCAGAAUUAGAAAGCACUAAACUAGAAUUUGAGGAGUUGUUAGAACAUCAUGAAAUGUUAAAAGAAAAAAUUGAUAAUGUUGAGGUAGAAAAUGGUAAGAUAUUUUCUAUUUUCAAUUUGAUUAGUUAAUCAUGCUAAUAUUUUCUCUUUAAAAUGUAUUUUUGUUUAUUUUUUAAAUUCAUAAAAAUAGAAUUUGUUAUCUAUCUAAUCUUAAAUUGAGCCGAAAUAAAAAUAUUUUAUUGAGAUUGUAUUGUUGCAGAUCAAAAGCGGAAUAAUAUUGUUGUACAAUUUGUAACAGCUUAUAUAGAAAAUUUAUCUUUGGAUGAAAAUAUAAAAAAUGACAUUACUUUACUAAGGUAAAUUUUUGUUUAGUUAUUAUAUAGGUAUGUUAUCACUUAAUCAAUUUUUUUUUAUAAAAUUAAUAUUAUUGUUAAAAUAAAAAAUUAUAAAUGUCUAGUAACCUUUAAAGAUCAAAAUAAUAGAAUGGGUUGAUUAUAUAUGGAGAUCUGAAGGUAUUUUAAGGCAAUAUUUUUACCGGGAGACUGAAUGAAAAAAGGCCCCAUGAUUCCCUAGAUAAAGAUGAGUGUGACAAGGUGAUGUUAGAUCUUGCCGAACUCUCACAAGGAACAUUAUAAAAUAUAAUGAAGAGAAGUAAAUAGAGAGAAGUGAUAGAGGCAGCAAUUCUUGGUUCUGCAUGAACUGUAAAAGCUGACAGAAGAAGAUGUUAUAUACAAAUAAAAACUACACACGCAGGAUUAAUACUUGGUAACUCUUGUUUUUUUUUUACCUACCUAUUGGGAAUUGGUUUAGUUAUCAUAAUACAAAUAACAAAUUGUAUUUAGUUAUUUUAUAAUAUACUACCUCUCUUUCUUAAUAUAUCUAUAUAGGUAUGCUGCUGUUAUUUAUAAUAUUUUUGAAUAUUUGCCCGUAAAAUUAAUAUACUUUUUUUUCCCUUUAACAAAACUAGUUUUAAUAACAUUAUUAUUUCAGGAAACUUGAAGCAGAAUACCAAGAGAAAUUAAGUCAGAAAAAUGCAUUGCUCGAAUUCCGAAAAGAUGUAUAAUUCUAUACCUAUGAAAUUAAUGAUUAAUUAAGUUAAUAGUACACAAUUUAUUUUCAGAAAAUUAAUAAAAUUUCUCAUUGGAUACAAAUUCCUUAUCUACUUGACUCAAAUAUGUUAGAUUUAAAAAUUGAUUCUUUGGAUAAAGAUUUAAUAUCAAGUUUUAAUCAUGAUAAUAUUUCAUUUCAACACAAAUUGGUUAUUAAGCCUCCAAUACCAAGUAAUAAACCACAAGUUAAUGAAAGUGAAGUAUUAGAUAUAAAUGAUAAUACUCAUUUAUCUAAUACUGACUCACUAUCUCCUAUAAAAACAAAUCCUCAAUUUGAUGUGAAUGUCAACCAAUGUAUAAGAAGUAUUUCAAAAAAAUCAAAAAAUAGUUGUUUUGAUAAUAAUAAAAAACUAGUAAAUAAAGAUAAUCUUGAUUUGAAAAUUAAAAAACGUAAAUCAAAUGAAGUGCAGUCUGACUUUGAAUUUAAAAAGCCGCCUAAUCUACUACCAGAACAAAUACAAGAUACAGUUAAAAUCGAUAUUAAUAAAGAUAAAAUAAAUUCAAAGAACAUUCAACCAUGUAAAAAAACAAAGGUAUUUUUUAAAAUUUCAAUUUGUUUCAUUAAGUUUAAAAGACCCCUGAUAUUUGAGAACGAAAGUGUAAUGAAUCUGGAUAUGAAAAAAAUAUGAUACUUAGUCAGCUAGUUGUCUAUAAUUUGAUAAAUAUAAUAUAAUAUAUUUUUAAGUUUGAUAAUAAGUUAAUUCAUUCUAAUAUUAAUACUAAUAGCACAUAGUUAUCCCUGCUGAAAAAAAAUUUGUUAUAUUGUGUUGUUGUAUGACGGAUAUAGCACUCUUCUUAAUGGAGUAAAUAAAUGAUUUUUUGGUAAAGUUAACUUUUAAAAUAGUAUAAUUGAUUGGUGUACCCAAAAGAUUCCUGUUUCAUAGAAUCUUAAAUUUUAAUUAUGUGUUAAAGUACAUUUUAUUUCCCUUUUAAUUUUAACCUUUUUUUAUAUUAUAAACCUUUAAAAAAAGUUUAUAUUAAAUCUAGUUAUUUUUUAUUACUAUUAAUUUAGUUAGAUAAUUUAUUUUAAACUAAUGCACCUAUUUAUUUUUAUUAGGUUCACUUUUUGUUUUAAUUAUUUAUUUGAUUUUUUUUCUACAGAAUAUGCACGAAGAAAUUAAUUUUACUGAAUAUCAGAAACCCGUAACAUCAUUUCAUGAUACAUUAACAAGUAAUAAUAACCACAACAAACAAUAUUGUUAUGAUUAUUUUUUAUUAUUAAUAUUUAUGUACUAGUAACAAUUUUUUAGGAUCAGCUGAGCAAUCAAAUGUGAUUAAUGCUACUUCCGAGAAAACUAACAUAUUUGAUUUUGCAGCAGUACCCUAUAAUGAAAUAUUAUCUGUGAAUAUAAACAGGUCCUUUUCAGGUAACUAUUAUUUUUUCUAAUAGUAUUGUAUUAUUUAAACUAUAAAUAGUUUUAAAAUAAAUAUUUUAUACCUAUAACAAAUCAGUUGAAAUAACUAUUAUAUUUAUACAUUACUUUAUAUAUUUAUAUAUUACUUCGUAACAGAUUUAGGUUGUGAUGAUGAUUCUGAUAUGGAUUGCAGUAAAACAAGUAGUUUAUUUGUAAGUUAAUUUGUAUUAUCUUUGUUAUUUUUUUACUUCUAAAGUUUAAUUAAAAUUAUAAAUUUGACCUAAUUUUUAUUUUUAGGACCCAGAAUUUAUUGAGAUGUAUAAAAGUACUUAUAAUGGUCAACAUCAAUAUACACAAUCUAAUAUUGCAAAUAGUGGUAAGUUUUUAAAUAUUUUUUUCAAUUUGAGUGAAGUUAAAUUUUUAUAUAUUUAAAAAAAAAAAUGUAUAACUUUUUUAAAUUGAUAGAAAAUCUAGUCCGAGGUAACUGUAUUCUGUGUUAGACUUUUAUAGUCAAAAUGUUAGACUUUGCUAAUGAUAUCAAAGGUUUAUCAUUAGGAAUAACCAAAAUAUUGGUAGCAUGAUAUGGAGCGAAACAAUUUUUGAGUUUUACCCAAUUUUAGACUUCAUUUGAAAAUCAGAUAUUUAUAUUAUAAUUUAGAUUCUGAGUGGAGCGAAGAAUGUAUUGGUUUUACAAUGAUUAUUUUUAUUUUUUUUUUCUGUAGACAUCUUGUCUACCAGCAAUUUUUCUCCGAUUUUCAAUGAUAGCAAUUUCAGAAAGAAAAUCGGACUGGGGAGGUACUUUAGGGAAGUCAUUUUUUGAUUUUUGAAUUCCGCUUAGAAUCAUUUUUUUGUUAACAAUAGUUAACCGUAGUUUACAAAUAUACAUUAAAUUACCACAGUAACAGUAUCUGUACCUAUCUUUAUUAUCUUAGGACAGUCUUUUAGAAUUGUUAUUCUUUAUUAUUAUUAUUAUACAUAUGUAUAUUUAUAGUUUAGAAAAAUAGCAUUGAAAGUUUUUUUUUAUUAAAUUGUCUUUUAUGCUUAUGUUUCAUUUCAUUUUAUUUAGGGCCAAUUGAAAAAUUUAAAAUAUUGAUUUAAAAAUCUUGUUUAAAGAUUUAAUCAUUUCAGGAGUGGAUUAAAACAUUAAAUAGUUAAAAAUAAAUAAAUAAAUAAUUUUUUAAAUGUAUACAUAUAAUUUUCAAUUUGUUUUUAAUUUUUAUGGGAAGGGAACAAAAUAAUUAAUAAUUAUUCCAUUUAUUAUAAACAUAAUAAAAUUUGUCACUAAAUUUUAUACUUUAAAAGAAAUUACUUAAACGAACAUAAUGGAUGUUGAUGAUUUUCUUGAAUUCAUAAUUUGUUCAUAUUUCAUGUCUCAUUUUGUGAUCACUUUUGACCUACCUGGUUCAUCGGAUAAAUUGUUUUCAUCAUAGGUGGUAAAUGAUAGUCUAGUGGUAUCUCAUCAAUUAGCUUUUCUAAAUUGUUAAAAUAAUCUUUUAUUUGUUCUGGCGAAACAGCAGUCCUUGACCUUUUAUUUAUUUGACAUAUUCUGGGAGUUAUAGAAGCUGUAUAUCUUUUUAAAAAUGAAAACACAAAAUCUAUACUAGGCAUAUUCUCUCUUAAACAUUUUAUAAACGUACCUUUCUUAUUUCAUGCAUGUUCCAUUCUAUACACUUCUCUAAGGAAUCCUUUUUUCCAUAUUUUCAUUUAAAACUGUUUGACCUUCAAUUUUUCUUCAUUCACUAUCAGGUUUUAUUCGCUUUUAAAAUGUAUUGAUUUUUAUAUGUUAUUGGGAAAUUAACAACAUUUUCAUCAUUGUUAAAGUGGCAAAUUCAAAUAUUUGAUAGUAAAAAGAAACAAUAAAUUAGAAGGUGUUAAAAUUCAUACUAUUAAUGGUUCAUAUAAAUAAUAACAUUAUUAUAUAAUAAAUUGUUUUUAGAUAAUUCAUGUUUUUCAUCUCAAUCUCAUGUAUCUAGUUCCAUAAUACCAAACCAGAAUAAUCAUCAAGAAUUAGGUUAGUUAAAUCUGAGAAUACUCAAAAUAGUACUUUUCUAUCUAGAUCAAUUUUAUUUAUUGUUUUAUAAUUUUUUUUUGGUUUUAUGUAUCUUUACAAUAAUGGUCAAUUUUUCAUAUGGUACUAUUUAUUACAAAUCAAUAUUUUAGAACUGUUUUUUGUACAUUUACAUUUUUUUUAAAAUUUGAUACCUAUCUACAUUCUAAGAUAAUAUCAUAUGGAAAAUUAAUCACUAUAGAAGUAAGUGAAAAAAGACUGACAAAUGUAAAUUUAAUUCUCGUUUAUAUUCUACCUUCCUAAUUUCCCACCAACAAUAGUGGCUGCACCAUAAAGUAAUAAAGAGAGGUCAUUCCCUAUAUCGUUUUGUAUAAUGAGAUGAAGUGCAAACGGUAUAUAUUUUACAGUACCAUUACUUUUGGGGAAAAAAAUAUUGUAAAAUAUUUGGACGAUGUAUAAUUGUUUGUACUUUAAUAUGUUACAUAAGAAUUAUGAUUUUAUCACUGAUAAUAUAUUUUAGUAGAGGUAAUCAAUGUACCAAAUAUUUAACAAUUGUUUUUUUUCUAAAAGUAUGUAUUUUGUAAAAUAGAAACCAUUUGCGCUUCAAUAUACAGACGAAACGGCUUCUCUUUAUUACUCUAUGAUCUGCAUCUGUCACCAUUAUCCUAGGACCUAGGAUAUCUUUUUUUAUUUAUAAAAGUUUUCAUAUGUAAUACAAAAUAUUAAAAAUUUAUUUUAAUUUUUAGGAAAUGGUAUUUUUCAACAAUUGCACAAUGAAUUAGAUACUAAUAAUCAUACAUCUAACAAAGCAUCCACAUCUAAAGAAUUUAGUAAUUUGAAUGAACCUUAUCAAUCACAUUUUAUGUCAUCUGAUCUUUUUAAAUAG